CAAACUUUAUUCAUUUGAAUCCCGAGCUGCACAAUGGGUGGCAGUCAAAGGUCCACUGUUACCCUUCGUGCUUUGAUCCCUUAUUUGGUCAUUUACAGGGCACUAGGUUUAUUACCUAUAAAUUUCGCAUCGGAAACCGCUAAUCCAUCUAAGCCGACUAUUCCUUGGUUGUGUCGUUUCCGUCCCCGACUCUGCUGGCGCCAAAUAGGUUGGACAAGACUCUACUCGGCCUCGGUCUUUUUACUAGUGACGGGAUUUCUCUUUGAAAAAUUACCUUCUUUGGAGUCGAAAGAGAAGGACGUUGUUGGUCGUCUCGAAGUUGCCAAUCGCUCCUCCAUUUGUCUGAAUGUCUUCGUCACAUCAGCCAUUUGCUUCUGUUACGUGGGUAAAAGAAUGUCGGCCCUCACCCAAAAAAUGAUCCAGUGCGAACAAGACUUGAUCGCUCUUGGUUGCCACUUGCAAAAUCGGUUAGCAGUUUACUGUUGGAUCGUUUUGGCCAUUGGAAGCGUGGCAACAAUCUUGAACGAAUUAGUGAUUGGCAUAAAAUACAUCCGUCCUACAAUGAACUCAGCAACCGAAGAAGAAGAUCAAUCAACACUGCUGGUCAUCUUUCGUUCGAUUAUGACUCCCUUUACAGCUGGAUUGAUGCCGUUUGUCGACUUUUCAGUUAUUCACCUGAGCUUAAUCUUUUCAGCUUACCUGAAGCAAUUGCGAAAGGAGAUUGAACACUGGUCUUCCUUGGGACUCAAAGCUAAAGAACGACUCCGUUUGACUUACUGGGAGGUUCAAUCCCUAAUUAAAGUAAAUUUAAUCAACGACUCGGAUGACAUAUUUUCACCGACGAUCUUGAUCGAAAGCCUCAGUUGCGUGGCUCACUUGACACUGCAAAUUAACAUUCUAGUCGGAACGAAGAUCGAGUCCUCCGAGUCUGAUGAAUACGACAAACAUCACGUGUUUAUGGUCACUGCAAUCACCACUGUUUACCUUUUUAUCCGCUUCAUUUCGUCCUCUCUUUUCGCCGAAAUGAUUCACCGAGAGAGAUUCAAAAGCCAACGAUGUCUUUACGAGCAGUCCGGAGAAGAAUUUUGGUCCUAUGAUCUAGAACUACUUGUGACGAAAAGAUUUGUCCACCAACUGACUUUGCCGUUGGGUUUUACCGGUUGCGGCUUUUUCAAGCUGGGCAAGAGCUACCUGAUCGCCAUGUGCGGUACUAUUUUAACCUACGAGAUCGUCCUGAUGGAUAUGGCCAACUCAAAAAAUCCGGCAACUUUUGAGAGUUGCUUAAAUAACAGUUUUACUCUUGCGCAACACGGGACCGGAAUUGCUGAAAAUUCAAAUUAAAAAUUAUUUCAAUGGUUAUUGGCUUUAGUUAGCUGGAGUUUAAGUGCCAUUUCUUACUGUUCACAUCGUUAGUUAUGGAAGGAAAAAUUUUGAUCAUAACUAACAGUGUACAGUUAGACAGGCUCAGUUACUGUCGCUAAUACAAAUAUACUAAUAGUAAAAAGGAA